CUCUCUUCCUCCCUUGCUUUAUCCUUUCCUUGAGCGCCCUCCCAUGUCUUGACACUUUUGGGGUAUGAAUCCAACAGCAUGGACACCAGCUCAGGCCUUUAAAUCCCUCUCACUGAAAGCUUCAUGGAAUAGAGCACAUUCCUCUCUUUCUCUCUCUGAGCCCUCUCACUGAAAGCUUCAUGGAAUAGAGUGCAUUCCUCUCUCUCUCUCUCUCUCUCUCACAUCCUUACAACUGGAAUUCCAUUUCCAGCACCGGAAGCCCAAUCCAAGCUCAUACCACUACACCAUCAUUUCCAAUCAAGAGCAUCUAUCCUUUCCCUUGUCCUCUCUUCUUCCCACCACUCUCCUUAUAUCUGAAGCAACACCCUUCACUUCUUAUCUCUCGCUGAGUUGCAACCAUGAAAGAAGCAGUCUGUUAUCUUCUACUGGUGUUCUUGAGUUCCUUCGCGGCAACAGUAAGCAUGGUUGCAUGCAAGCAGACUUACAUAGUGUACAUGAACGCGGCCCACAGGACGGAAGCCCAUCCGACGCACGCGCACUGGUACGAGGCCCACCUGAGGUCGCUGUCCAUUGAUCCCGCCCGCCACCUCCUCUACUCCUACUCCGCCGCCGUCCACGGCUUCGCCGCCGUUCUCCACCCCGAACAACUCCCCCUCCUCCGGCGCCACCCCGCCGUCCUCAACGUCCACCCGGACCCCCUCCUCCCCUUGCACACCACCCGCUCCCCGCACUUCCUUGGCCUCUCCCCGUGGCCGCCCGCCCCCUCUAGCCGCAGCCACUCCCUCGACCCCGCCGCCGCCGCCACCGACGUUGUCAUCGGUGUGCUUGACACCGGCGUCUGGCCGGAGUCCCCCAGCUUCGACGACGCCGGCCUCCCCGAGGUCCCCUCACGGUGGCGCGGCGCCUGCGAGGCCGGCGUCGACUUCCCCUCCUCGCUCUGCAAUCGUAAACUCGUUGGCGCUCGCAGCUUCGGCCGUGGGUACCGCGCCGCCGCUGGCGGCGGGGACGCCGACAAGCCCCGGGAGGAGUACGCCUCUCCGCGGGAUCGCGACGGCCACGGGACUCACACAGCGUCGACCGCCGCCGGCGCGCCAGUGGCCAACGCCAGCCUUCUGGGCUACGCCUCGGGCGUCGCCCGGGGCAUGGCCCCUGGGGCGCGCGUCGCCGUCUACAAGGUCUGCUGGGCCAACGGGUGCUACGGCUCCGACAUCCUCGCUGGCAUCGACAAGGCCAUCGAGGACGGCGUCGACGUCCUCUCCCUCUCUCUCGGCGGCGGCUCCGCCCCGUUCUCUCGGGACCCGGUCGCAGUGGGGGCCUUCUCCGCGGUGCAGCGCGGCAUCUUCGUGGCCUGCUCCGCCGGGAACAGCGGGCCCUCCCCCUCCUCCCUCACCAACACUGCGCCAUGGAUCACCACGGUCGGCGCCGGCACCCUAGACAGGGACUUCCCGGCCACCGUCCAAUUGGGCAACGGCGAGCGCUACGCCGGGUUGUCGCUCUGCAGCGGAGCGGGGCUCGAGGACCAAAUGGUUCCAAUAGUCUACGGCAAAGGAGUGCAGGUGGGCAGCAACUCCAGCAAAUUCUGCAUGCCCGGAACACUAGACCCUGAGCAGGUGAAGGGCAAGGUGGUGUUCUGCGACCGGGGAAUCAACGCGCGGGUGGAGAAGGGGCAGGUAGUGAAGGAGGCCGGCGGCGUGGGGAUGAUACUGGCUAACGCCGCUGUCAACGGCGAGGAGCUGGUGGCGGACAGCCACCUGCUGCCGACUGUCGCCGUAGGGGCGAAGAGUGGGAACUUGAUUAGAGACUUCGUGAGGACGAGCUCGAAUCCGACGGCAAUGCUUAGCUUCCGGGGCACAGUGCUCGGCGUGCAACCAUCCCCGGUGGUGGCGGCCUUCAGCUCCAGGGGGCCGAACACGGUGGUGCCGCAGCUGCUGAAGCCGGACUUGAUAGGACCAGGAGUUAACAUACUGGCAGCUUGGUCAGGGUCGGUUGGGCCUACUGGGUUGGCGAAGGACGAGCGGCGAUCCGCCUUCAACAUCAUGUCCGGAACAUCAAUGUCCUGCCCUCACAUUAGUGGGGUUGCUGCAUUGCUAAAGGCUGCCCACCCUGAUUGGAGCCCCAGUGCCAUCAAGUCUGCCCUCAUGACCACGGCAUACACUGAUGACAAUACUGGAUCUCCUCUCGUUGAUGGUGCUGGAGGUUCACCUGCGACACCAUGGGCUUAUGGAUCCGGUCAUGUUGAUCCACAGAAGGCUCUCUCCCCAGGCCUCAUCUAUGACAUUGGUACAGGGGACUACCUUGCCUUCUUGUGCUCCCUGGAGUAUUCCACCGACCACAUUCAGGCCAUCUCAAAGAGCACUAACAAGACAUGCUCACGCCGUCUCCCCAAUCCUGGGAACCUAAACUACCCGUCAUUCUCUGUCGUGUUUGGUAGAAGGUCCCGCAGAUUCGUGAAGUACAACAGGGUGCUAACAAAUGUUGGUGUGCCAGGUUCUGUGUACAAUGUGAAGGUCGGUGGACCUCCUGGUGUUAAAGUGACCGUGAAACCAACAAAACUCAUCUUCAAUCAAGUUGGCCAGAAACUGAGGUACAAGGUUACAUUUACGUCAACAAAGGCAGGUGACCCAGUAGAUAUGGCAUUUGGUUGGAUCACUUGGAGUAGCGAGCAGCAUCAAGUACGAAGUCCCGUAUCAUAUAGAUGGCUAAUAUCCUGAAUUAUCAGGAUAUGUCUCCCUCUUCAAAUGACAGAUAAGUAAGUGAAGAGUUGAAUUUGAAGGUUUUCAGACUACUUUUGCCUAACGUGGCGCAGAAUAACAAUUAUUUCUGCUCAAGUGGCUUUCUGAAGAUUUAUGGCUUCAUAAUACUGGUUUAUUUCCUCUUUGUGUUUCGAUUUAGCAACUGGUUCAUCAAGAGUCAAAGUUGGUGAUCCAUGCCUCUUCUCGCGGCAUCUGAUGUUUGGGUCUGGAAGACUGUUUCAUCAGGUCAUCCUCGAACAACUAAGAUUUAAAUCAGAAUGUAAUGAGAUCAACUGAUAAAUAAAAAUUGUAAGUUGUUGAAUGUUCCAUUCAUGUUCGGGUUUCUUCCAUAUUAAAUAUUUGUUUCUUCCUUGUGUA